AUGGCGGCGGCGGGCAAAACCAGCAGCACCGCAUUGGCAGCCCUGGCUCUAACGGUGAGCCUCUUCCUCCUCUCCUUCGCCGCCCCCUCGGAGGCGGCGGCCUGCGGCAAGAGCUCGCCAGCGACGGUGCCGGCGGCCGUGCCAAGCGGCGGCCGCGGCGGGAAGUGCCCGGUGAACGCGCUGAAGCUCGGGGUGUGCGCGGACGUGCUGGGCGGGCUGGCGAGCCUGCUGGUGGGGGACUCCCCGGCGGCGGCGGCGUCGUCCGGAAGUGGAAAGAAGAAGCCGUGCUGCGAGCUCGUCGCUGGCCUCGCCGACGUGGACGCCGCCGUGUGCCUCUGCACCGCCGUGAAGGCCCGCGUGCUCGGCGUCGUGGAACUCUACCUCCCCGUCCAGCUCCGCCUCGUCAACCAGUGCGGCAAGAAGAUCCCGGAUGGGUUCCGGUGCUCCAGCUAUAUAAUUGACCGAGUCCGUCCGUAA